AUGGCUGCCUCUCUGGUUUCUCCCCGCGCGAGCCACGCGCUCUUUUACCUCGGGAUCUUCGCCUGCGUGCUCAUCCCGUCGCUCGUCCACGCCGCCGAGACGUGCGGCUGGAAUCCUGAAUCCGCGGAAGCCAAGGAAUGGCAGGGCGAGUUCUUCCCCGCAAUCCCCAAGAUAGUCUACGAAGGCCCAUCCUCCCGUAACACCUUCGCCUUUCGCUACUACAACGCGGAUGAGGUCAUUCUCGGCCGUCCGAUGAAGGAAUGGCUGCGAUUUGCCGUGGCGUUCUGGCACACGUUCCGCGGCGACGGAUCGGACCCGUUCGGCUCCCCCACGAAGCACUGGCCGUGGGAGGACGGCACCAACUCUCUCGCCAUGGCCAAGCGCCGCAUGCGCGCGGCGUUCGAAUUCAUGUCGAAGCUCGGCGCGCAGUUCUGGUGCUUCCACGACCGCGACAUCGCUCCGGAGGGCGCAACGCUCGCGGAAUCCAACGCAAAUCUCGACGAGGUGGUUGCGCUGGCGGCGGAGCUGCAGGCGCAGACGGGCAUCCGCCCGCUGUGGGGGACGGCGCAGCUGUUCAAGCACCCGCGGUACCGCCACGGCGCGGCGACCAGCCCCGUCGCGAGCGUCUAUGCAUUCGCCGCGGCGCAGGUGAAAAAGGCGAUGGAGGUGACGCACCGCCUGGGCGGCGAGAACUACGUGUUUUGGGGCGGACGCGAGGGGUACUCGAGCUUGGUUAACACGGACAUGGGGCUCGAAUUGGACCAUCUGGCAAAAUUCCUCGCCAUGGCUGCGGAUUGGAGAGAGAAAUUAGGGUUCAAAGGCACGCUGUUGAUGGAGCCCAAGCCGCAGGAGCCGACUAAGCACCAAUACGACUGGGACGCCGCCACCACGCUGGGGUUUCUUGUGCGCUACAACCUCACGCGGCUCGACGCUGCUACAGGCACGCUACAGCCGUUCAAGCUGAACCUGGAGUGCAACCACGCGACGCUGGCGGGGCACAGCUGUGAGCACGAGCUGGAGACGGCGCGCAUCGCGGGCGUGCUGGGCGGCGUGGACGCGAACACGGGCGACGCGCAGACCGGGUGGGACACGGAUGAGUUCCUAACCGACCCCGCUGCCGCGACGCGCGUGAUGCUGGCCGUCGUGCGCAACGGCGGCCUGGCGCCGGGGGGAAUUAACUUCGACGCGAAGUUGCGGAGGGAGAGCACGGACGUGGAGGACUUGUUCAUCGCGCACAUCGCGGGUAUGGACGCGCUCGCACGAGGGCUGCGCAGCGCGGCCGCUAUUAUCGAGGCUGGGGACCUGGACAAGCUGGUGCGGGGGCGGUAUGCCAGCUGGAAGGAGGGGAUUGGUGCGCGGAUUGAGAAGGGUGAGGUGGGAUUUGAGGAGCUGGAGGCGGCGGUGAUGGCGGAUGGGGGCAAGGAGCCGGAGUUGUACUCUCUCGUCACCACAUUCGAGUUGGACAUGUCGACAACUGCUGCUCCCACGGCCAACGGGUUGACGCUCCUCGACGUGCGCGGGAGGAAGGUGUGCGAGAACGACACGACACCGCCGAUCAAGGCAUCCACCAUGGACGAGCUUCACCGGCUGCAGAAGAAGAAGUCCAACCCGACCACGCCAAGGGGCUCCACGGGCGGCGAUCAGAACGGCGAGAAAUUCCAGCAGCAGCUCGAGUCUAUCAGUGCGUCUCUGGCAUCUCACGUGCGGGAGCACGGGCCCAAGAUUGUGACGAGCAAGUGCAAGCCGGCGUCGCAGGGCCACAGGGCGGUCGCUCCGUCGCAGCCGUGCGUCAGCGACAGCUCGCUCAAGCUCACGCACGUGCUCUACAACCUGUCGCCUGCUGAACUCUACGAGCAGGCGAUCAAGUACGAGAAGGGGUCGUUCAUCACGUCGUCCGGCGCCUUGGCGACGCUCUCGGGAGCCAAGACGGGGCGAUCGCCCAAGGACAAGCGCGUCGUCAAGGAGGAAACGUCCAGCGACGACCUGUGGUGGGGCGAGGGGUCGCCCAACAUCGAGAUGGACGAGGAGACUUUUCUGGUGAACCGCGAGAGAGCUGUGGACUACCUCAACUCGCUCGACAAGGUGUUUGUGAACGACCAGUUUCUCAACUGGGACACGGAGCACCGGCUCAAAGUGCGCAUCGUCUCUGCACGCGCCUACCACGCACUCUUCAUGCACAACAUGUGCAUUCGGCCGACAGCAGAGGAGCUGGAGAGCUUCGGCAAGCCGGAUUUCACCAUCUACAACGCGGGGCAGUUCCCGUGCAACCGCUUCACGCACUACAUGACGUCGUCCACGAGCAUCGACCUGAACCUGCAGCGCAAGGAGAUGGUCAUCCUGGGCACGCAGUACGCGGGCGAGAUGAAGAAAGGGCUCUUCUCCGUCAUGCACUACCUCAUGCCCAAGCGUGGCGUGCUCUCGCUGCACUCUGGCUGCAACAUGGGCAAGGCGGGGGAUGUGGCGCUCUUCUUUGGGCUGUCGGGCACGGGCAAGACGACGCUGUCGACGGACGAGAACCGGGAUCUGAUCGGGGAUGAUGAGCACUGCUGGACGGACAACGGCGUGUCGAAUAUCGAGGGCGGGUGCUACGCCAAGUGCAUCGGGCUGUCGGCGGAGAACGAGCCGGAGAUCUUCAACGCCAUCAAGUUCGGCACAGUGUUGGAGAACGUGGUGUUUGACGAGCACACACGCGAGGUGGACUACGACGACAAGUCGGUCACGGAGAACACGCGCGCGUCUUACCCCAUCGAGUUCAUCCCCAACGCGCGCAUCCCCUGCGUCGGUCCGCACCCCAAGAACGUCAUCCUGCUCGCAUGUGAUGCGUUCGGCGUGCUGCCACCCGUCAGCCGCCUCUCCCUGCCGCAGACCAUGUACCACUUCAUCAGCGGCUACACCGCGCUGGUGGCGGGCACGGAGGACGGCGUGAAGGAGCCGCGCGCAACCUUCUCCGCGUGCUUCGGCGCAGCGUUCAUCAUGUGGCACCCCACCAAGUACGCCGCGAUGCUCGCGGAGCGCAUGCAGCGGCACGGCGCGACGGCGUGGCUGGUGAACACGGGGUGGUCGGGCGGAAGCUACGGCGUGGGGCAGCGCAUGAAGCUGAAGCACACGCGCGCCAUCGUGAACGCCAUUCACGACGGCUCGCUGCUCGACGCGACGUACAGCGCGACGCCCAUCUUCGGCCUGCAGGUCCCGAAUGCCGUCAACGACGUGCCGUCGGAGAUUCUCAUGCCGCAGAACAUGUGGGAGGACAAGGCGGCGUACGAGGCGACUCUGGUGAAGCUGGCGCGGCUGUUCCAGGAUAACUUUAAGAAGUUCGCCGAGUAUGACGGCAACGGAAGUGACGGCAAGCUUGCGGCGGAUAUUCUCGCUGCGGGGCCGCAGCUCUAG